CUUUCUUUCCGUCUACCUACUCUGCUUAUAAAAGCCAAUUCGUUUCCCUGACAUCACCCCGCAGUAGAAUAUUAAUUAACAUAACAUCCCAUAUUACAUACAAACUCACAUACACAUAUAAACAGUUUUAGCGCUAUGUCUUACCAAGGUUAUGGUGCUCCCUACGGCCAACCGCCGCCGCCUCAAGGUUAUGGUCAUCCCCCACCUCAACAACCAUAUGGCGGUUACCAACAACCUCCUCCUGGGCAGUAUCCUCCCCAGCAAGGCGGAUAUCAGCAACCUCAGGGUUACUAUCCUCCUCAAGGCGGGCCUCCGCCUCAGCAACCCUAUGGUGGCUACCAGCAACAGCCUCCUCCACAGCACUACGGCGCACCUCCUGGACCUCCACAAGGCCAUUAUGGAGGUCCCCCUCCUCAACAACAGCCGUACGGCCAUCAUUCUCCUGCGCCUCCAGGUCCUCCGCCAGGUCAGUACGGCGCGCCUCCUCCUCAGCAGUACGGUGCACCACUAGUCCAGCCUACCCCUCCCUCGCUCGGCUACGGACCGCCUCAGAUCAUCCAAUGGAAUGGCGAACCUGAUGCUGACGGUCUGCGAAAGUCUAUGAAGGGCUUUGGUACGGAUGAGAAGGCAUUAAUCGCUAUCCUCUCAAACAAGGAUCCUCUGCAGAUUGACGCAAUUCGACAAGCAUACGAGCGCAAGCAUCGUCGCAAUCUAAUUGCCGAUAUCCAGAGCGAGACUAGUUCCUGGUUUGAGAAGGCUUUGGUUUCGCUAGCUCGUGGCCCGCUCCUGUCUGACGUUCACGCUCUACACGACGCCAUGUCUGGUCCUGGGACAAAGGAAGUUGUGUUGAAUGAUGUUCUGCUCGGGCGAUCAAACGCGGAUCUCAAGGCCAUUAAGAGCGCGUACUACCACACUUUCCAUGACAAGCUCGAGGAUGUAGUCAAGGGUGAUUUGAGCAUGAAGACUGAGCGACACUUCAUGAUUGUUCUGGGUGCUACCAGGGCUGAGGACUCCGCACCGGUCGACCCCCGACAAGUCGACGACGAUGUCAUGCAAAUCUACAAGGCCACCGAGGGCAAGAUGGGCACAGACGAGAUUCUUGUGUGCAGUAUUAUGAGUACAAGAAACGACAACCAAAUCCGUGCCAUCGCACACACCUACAAGCAAAAGUUCAACAAGGACCUCGAAAGGGUCAUCAAGAGCCAGGAAUUCUCUGGCCACAUGGAGGACGCUCUUCUCUUUCAAUUGCGCAAUGCAACAGACAAGUACAUGCAUGCAGCCAAGCUGCUCGAGGACUCAAUGGCCGGCAUGGGAACAAAGGAUCAUCUUCUCGUAUCCCGAACCAUCCGUUACCAUUGGGAUCGCAACACCCUGAACAACGUAAAGGGCGCCUACCAGCAACGUUAUGGCAAGAGUCUCGGCAAACGCAUCUAUGGCGAGACUUCAGGCGACUACAGAAAGACAUUGCUGGCAGCGAUUGGCGAACCUUACUAAAAGUCCAGCGCGGAAAAAAAGAGAUUGGAAGAGGGACACAACAUAUUAGAUGGUUACGAGAUACAAACUGAGUUUCACAGCCGACGCUCACUAUUAUGAUCAGGCGUUCAGGGCUUCAUGACACUUUGACAGAAUGGAUGAGUUUUGACGGCCUCUAUGGAGUAUGGAUUAAGAUACCAAAGUAUGAAUUGAACCAAGAGUUAUGAUAAUUCAUUUCUAUUAAAUUGG